AGGACUGGGGGUGUGGCUUGAGUGGUAGAGUGCUUACCUAGCAAGUGGUAAUCCUGUACUGCCAAAAAAAGUCCAUAUUGUUUCUGAUAAUAAAUACCUCUUUAAUUAAAUGAGUAUUAAUGUUCAUUUGGUCGACUCAAUGUUUUUCAGCCUGCACUUAAUUUAAGGGACCUUGGAAUAUCUGAAUUAAAAAUUGGGCAGAUUGAUCAACUGGUAGAAAAUCUACUUCCUGGAUUUUAUAAAGGCAAAAGUGUAUCUUCCCAUUGGCAUACAUCCCAUGUCUCCGCACAGUCCUUCUUUGAAAAUAAAUAUGGUAUGUUUAGUACUUUACGUUCCUUGGGCUUAUACACACAACAUUCAAGAACUCUUCAAAGCAUUUGUUCAGAUCUUCAGUACUGGCCAGUUUUCAUACAGUCUCGGGGUUUUAAAACUUUGAAAUCAAGGACACGGCGUCUACAGUCAACUUCUGAAAGAUUAGCAGAAACCCAGAAUAUUGCACCGUCAUUCGUGAAGGGGUUUCUUUUGCGGGACAGAGGAUCAGAUGUUGAAAGUUUGGACAAACUCAUGAAAACCAAAAAUAUACCUGAAGCUCACCAAGAUGCAUUUAAAACUGGUUUUGCAGAGGGUUUUCUGAAAGCUCAAGCACUAACACAGAAAACCAAUGAUUCCCUAAGGCGAACUCGGCUGAUUCUCUUUGUUCUGCUGCUUUUUGGCAUUUAUGGACUCUUAAAAAACCCAUUUUUAUCUGUCCGCUUCCGGACAACCACAGGCCUUGAUUCUGCAGUAGAUCCUGUCCAGAUGAAAAAUGUCACCUUUGAACAUGUUAAAGGAGUUGAGGAAGCUAAACAAGAAUUACAGGAAGUUGUUGAAUUCUUGAAAAAUCCACAGAAAUUCACUGUGCUUGGAGGUAAACUUCCAAAAGGAAUUCUUUUAGUUGGACCACCAGGAACAGGAAAGACACUUCUUGCCCGAGCUGUGGCAGGAGAAGCUGAUGUUCCUUUUUAUUAUGCUUCUGGAUCAGAAUUUGAUGAGAUGUUUGUUGGUGUGGGAGCCAGCCGAAUCAGAAAUCUUUUUAGGGAAGCAAAAGCAAAUGCUCCUUGUGUUAUAUUUAUUGAUGAAUUAGAUUCUGUUGGUGGGAAGAGAAUUGAAUCUCCAAUGCAUCCAUAUUCAAGGCAGACUAUCAAUCAACUUCUUGCUGAAAUGGAUGGUUUUAAACCCAAUGAAGGAGUAAUCAUCAUAGGAGCUACAAACUUUCCAGAGGCAUUAGACAAUGCCUUAAUACGCCCUGGUCGUUUUGACAUGCAAGUUACAGUUCCAAGGCCAGAUGUAAAAGGUCGAACUGAAAUUUUGAAAUGGUAUCUCAAUAAAAUCAAGUUUGAUAAGUCUGUUGAUCCAGAAAUCAUAGCUCGAGGUACAGUUGGGUUUUCUGGAGCAGAGCUGGAAAAUCUUGUGAACCAAGCAGCAUUAAAGGCAGCUGUUGAUGGAAAAGAAAUGGUUACUAUGAAGGAACUAGAAUUUUCCAAAGAUAAAAUUCUAAUGGGGCCUGAACGAAGAAGUGUGGAAAUUGAUAACAAAAAUAAAACCAUCACAGCCUAUCAUGAAUCUGGUCAUGCUAUUAUUGCAUAUUACACAAAGGAUGCAAUGCCUAUCAACAAAGCUACAAUCAUGCCUCGAGGGCCAACACUUGGGCAUGUGUCACUGUUACCUGAGAAUGACAGAUGGAAUGAAACUAGAGCCCAGCUGCUUGCACAAAUGGAUGUUAGUAUGGGAGGAAGAGUAGCAGAGGAACUUAUAUUUGGAACUGACCAUAUUACUACAGGUGCUUCCAGUGAUUUUGAUAAUGCAACAAAAAUAGCUAAGCGAAUGGUUACAAAAUUUGGAAUGAGUGAAAAGCUUGGAGUGAUGACCUACAGUGAUACAGCUAAACUGAGUCCUGAAACUCAAUCUGCCAUUGAACAAGAAAUAAGGAUCCUCCUAAGGGAGUCCUAUGAACGAGCGAAACAUAUCUUGAAAACUCAUGCAAAGGAGCAUAAGAAUCUAGCAGAAGCUUUAUUGACCUAUGAGACUUUGGAUGCCAAAGAAAUUCAGAUUGUUCUUGAGGGGAAGAAAUUGGAUGAGGCCGAGGUCAGGAGGAUUGCCAUUAGAGGCCAGUCCAUCACGGAACUCCAUCUGCAAAAUAGCCAGAGCAAAUUGGGCUGGAGGUAUGGCUUCAAGGGUUAG